AUGGCUCACCCUUUUGUCUCCAACUCAAACAUUCUCCAUCGUUCAUUCGCUCGUCAACCUGAAAGAGUCGUUUCUGCCUCAGGUGUAUCUCUCUCUCUUGAGUCUGGUCGUGAAAUCCUUGAUGCUUCAGCCGGACCAGCCGUAUCAUGUCUUGGCUUUGGACGUCCAGAGAUUGCUGAAGUGGUCGCGAACCAGAUGAACCAGCUUCCUUAUCUCUACUCUGGCGCACGUUUCACUUGCGACGUGAACGAGGAGCUUGCGUCGAUGCUUCUACAAGGGCAACCCGGUGGCCUGUCCAAGGCCAUAUUCGUCAACUCUGGAAGCGAAGCCACCGAUGCUGCUAUCAAGCUCGCAACACAAUACUGGCAUGAGCGAGGAAUGCCCCAGAAACACCAUGUCAUCGCAAGAAAACAGAGCUACCAUGGAAACACGAUUGGAGCACUCUGCGUUUCUGGCCACAAAUCUCGAAGGGCCAUGUACCGCCACUGGCUCUCUCAUAAUGUCAGCUUCGUUGACCCCUGCUUCGCUUAUAGGCUGAAGGGAAACGAAUCCGACCAAGAUUAUGUCAAGCGACUGGCAGAUCAACUUGAGGCAGAGAUUCUCCGUAUUGGACCCGAGAACGUUUCUGCAUUUGUGGCUGAGACUGUCAGUGGAACUACUCUAGGUUGCCUUCCUGCUGUACCUGGAUACUUUAAAGCUGUUCGAGAGAUUUGCGACAGACAUGAUGUCCUCUUGAUCUUGGAUGAGAUCAUGUGCGGUAUGGGGAAAACAGGCACUAUGCAUGCUUGGGAACAGGAGGCCAUUUCAGGGCCUGAUAUUCAGAUGAUAGGCAAAGCUCUUGGUGGGGGGUUUGUUCCCCUGUCUGGCGUGUUGCUUCGCAAUAAGAUAUUCGACGCCCUCGCAGACGGAUCUCAGGGAUUGGCACAUGGGCACACAUUCCAGGCUCACCCGGUCGCUUGCGCUGCAGCUCUCGAGGCUCAACGCAUCAUUCGUGAUGAAGAUCUUCUCACUAACGUCCGAGAAAUGGGUAAGGUCUUGGAGAGGCUCCUGAGAACAAAUCUUGGACAUAUGGAAUAUGUCGGCGAUAUCCGUGGGCGUGGUCUUUUUUGGGCCGUUGAGUUCGUUCAGGAUCGUGGCACCAAAACACCCUUCCCAGCAGAUAUGAGACUGUGUCACCAGAUCGUGGACAAGGCGUUUGAUCUGGGCUUGAAUAUUUUGGGAAACCUGGGUGAAACUGGAGAUAUGCAUGUUGAUCAUGUCAUAAUGUCUCCCCCAUAUGUGGUAACUGAGUCUGAACUGGGACGGAUGGUCGGCAUUCUACAGGAAUCUAUUCAGACUGUAAUGUCUGAGGUUAUUGAUAUUCAAGGGGCGUGA